AUGAGAUGUAUGCUGAUUGUACACAACAUUGAAUAUGAGAGCCAUGUAUGCCCUCUGCAUCCAAUCAAAAUGAUGUUAGGGGGGUUCAAUCAGCACACUCCGAAAAUACCAGCCCCGGCCCCGGCCCCGCCCCCAGGGCCAGCGCCGGGCCCUCCGGCCGACGGGGAGAAGCGCAGGUCGCUGCGGGCCAGGGACAGUGAUCCCGGGAGCAGCCAGGGCAUUCAGUUGAAGUUUGUGGAUCUUAAUCGUGUCAUAAAACUACUUGAAGAUUCCAAUUCAAAUAAUGAGGAAAGACAGCUAGAUAUUCUCAAGACAGUGGUGAAGCGGUAUGAGAAUGGGCUUCCUCUUAAGGAUUUAGCACACAUAUUUAAAAUUCUUAACCUCUGUGCAGAAAAAAUUCAAGACCAAGAGGCUUUCAUAGAACCUACGUGUGAUAUUCUUAAAUUAUGUGGAUUACCAUUUUUAAAGAAGAAAUUAUCUGAUGAAGUAAACUAUACCCCAAUUACUUUAGAAUCAAUUGCACAACUGGGUUAUUUGAUGAGAGUGCCAGCCUCUCAAGUGAGGAUACAAAUCUGUAAGUGUAUCAUUAGCUUUUACAACAUAAAGCCAGCAAACAAACAACUUCCAGGUUUCCAUGCCACAAGUGCAAACUAUAAGAUACAGAUGGCUGAAUUAGGAGGUUUAGCAGAAACCCUGGUUUUAUCACUGGCAUUAGUUGAAAAUCAACUUGCUGAGAAGUUAUGGGUACUUAAAGCCCUACAGCAUCUCUCUGCGUCUGGGGUAAAUUGUAAACUUAUGAUGAAAGCCCAAGCAGCCAGCAGAAUCUGUUCUCAUCUAAAUGAUGCCGAUCCCUCUGGACAGCUACUGUUCCGUUCAUCAGAUAUCCUAUGGAACUUAUUAGAAAACACGUCAAAGGAAGAAGUUGUUAAUCAGCUCAGUAAUUUGGAAUGUAUAUAUGCUUUGAAGGAAGUAUUUGUGAACUUACUGUUAAAUGGUUUCCGUCACUAUGAUCGCCAGCUAAGAAACGACCUCUUAGUAAUAGCCACACUCAUAGCAGAAAAUCCUGGAGCACCAAUGAUUGAAAGUGGAUUUACUAAGCAGUUAAUACUGCUAGCAACAUUUAGUGAAGUUAAAAGUCCUAAUCCUCUGGUUAAAGGUCUUAAACUUACCUGCAGUUAUGGAGACUUUGAGCUGAAAAAAUUGCUGUUUAACGUGGUCACGGUCUUAGCAAAAGAUCUGUGUACAGUACCGCUGCUAAAUGAGGGGAAAGUGGUGCUGGCUUUGUUUCAUUAUGUAAAACCAAAUGAAAAACCUGGUGUACAUGACUGGUCUGCUGCCCAAUAUGAAGAAUUACAACUUCAUGCAAUUGCUACCUUAGCUUCAGUAGCUCCAUUGUUACUGGAUGAUUAUAUGACCUGCCAAGGGAAUACUCGCCUCCUUAUGUUUCUAGAAUGGUGUGCAGGCCAAGAUCCGUUCUUUGGUCAAGGUAACUGUUUCCAUGGGGCAGGUGGUCGCGGCAACAAACUUGCACAGAUGCGUUACAGUCUGAGAGUCUUGAGACCUGUGGUGUCCCUUUGUGACGAAGCUGUGAACCUUGAUCUUUGUGAUCAGGGAGCAAUUAACCAACUAUUGGAUAUCUUAAAGCAUUUAGCAAACAAUUCUAAAGACAAAGAAGAUGCCAUUGUACUGGAAAUUCAGACUGAUAUAUUACUUAUACUGUCUACUCUCUGUGAAAAUGAUCUUCAUAGAAAGGAACUGUUUGGCUGUGAAGGAGUGGAUAUACUUAUUCCAUUAAUGAAGAUGGAUCCAAAUAAGUUAUAUAGCGGAUUAGGUCAUAACCGACUCCUUUUUAGCACUUUAGACAGUUUGUGGUGCUGUGUCAUGGGGUGUUACAUCUCAGAGGAUUAUUUUCUCGAAAAAGAGGGCAUUUUUCUCCUUCUGGAUUUGUUGGCGUUAAAACAAAAGAACAUAUGCAACCUAAUUCUUGGAAUAUUGGUUGAAUUUUGUGACAAUCCUAAAACUGCUGCUCACAUCAACGCCUGGCGAGGGAAAAAAGAUCAGACCACAGCUCGCCUUUUAAUACAUUUAUGGAAACAAGAAGAGUUGGAGCUAGGAGUCAAACAUGAUCAAAAUGGAAGAAUUGUUGACACAAAGAAACCUUUAGUUGGCAGCUUCCAGGAACAGCAAGAAGUGAUCCCAAUGCCUGCCAACUGUCCUAGCGUUGCUAUCAUGGAAGUAUCUGAAAACAUGAGGGCAAAAAUUUAUUCUAUAUUAUGCAAGUUAGGUUUUGAAAGUUUGCCUGGUUUGUCUGCCAAGGAUUUUGUCACACUUGCUGUCAUACAGCGAUAUCUUGACUUUAAAGUUGGAGAAGUCUGGAGUGAAAUAUGUGCAGAGAUAAAAGAAGAAAAGUUCAGACCAGUCACUCCUGAUGAGGAAGCAUUGAAAGUUAUUUCAGAGGCAUCAGAAAAUGUUGGAAAGAUGGUUUCCAAUCUCCAGUCUGAAAUGCUUGGAAGUCAGCAGCACCAAGAACUCCAAGAGGAAGAAAAGGUUUACUCCAAAAUUCAAGCUAUCCAAAAGCAGAGACAAAUGGUAAAUAAAUCCUGGGAAGAUUUCUUAACUCGGACAUCAAAUUAUGAGGCUUUAAAGAAAGCAAAAAGACUUCAGGAAAAAUCUAUAGCAGCUUCUAGAACAAAGUCAAGACCACAAAAUGCAACACUCCACUCAACUGAAAUUAAAGGCCUAAAUACAACAACUGCAUCUGGUCGCUUGGUAACUGUCGAAAGUACACCUUCUGAAUUAACUGGAGGGCCUCUGGCUGACACAGACCUUGCGCUUAGAAAGCUCUCUGUUCGUGGAGGAGCCUUAAAAAAGAUCAAAGGAGUCAAAGUGUUGUCUUCAUUCAAAAAAAAUUCAGUAUCUGUAAAGUAAACAUUAUCCUGUGCUUUGUAUUUUUCUUUUAGUUAAUGUAUGUCCAAACACUAUUUGUAAGAUAUACUCUAUUUUUAUUUCUUUGGUGAAAUAUAUAGAACUUGUGAGAUUAAUAGUUAUAGAUGAAAAUAUAUUUUUGCUUUACAAAAAAUAAUGUGAACAGCUGGCUGACAUGACUAAAGAAUCCCAUGCAGUGUGUGUUCCAGAGGUCCGUUGAUCCUAAUAAUUUCUGAGCCAUCUAUGUUAGGCUUAGUUUAUUCACAACUAAACAGCUGCAUGUCCACUUGGUACCAUAAGGUAUACGCACUCCAUCUGAUGCUAUUAAGGAUCCUCUUCCUUGAGAAUGUGGAACAUAAUAUAAAUAUAUUCAAUUCUUCACUCUUACAGUAGGGCUCCCGAGGUUGUUUUAGUUUUUCCCCAUUACCCUUGUGAUGGCUCCACCAAUCCAUUUGGUCUCUUUCCCAGAACUAACCCCAUUUGGAGUUCUCUCUAAUUAGGUAUUAGGGCUUCAGAAACCAGUUGUCCGUUUCCAUGUGUAACUUUACCCACCAACUCUCUCAUUCAAGUGAAGAUACUGUAGAAUAUCCUGCUCCCCCAUGUCUCACCGGCCUCCACUGGCCUUAGCCCAUCAGUUCCUUCUCUGAUGAUUGCCCAAACUCUCCCUUGACAGGGAACUGUGCCCGUCUGACCCCAGCCACUGUGUAGAGACGCCCUCUAGCAUCACUGGUCCUCUCCAUGAGCAACAGUCCCUUUUAUCUGAGAUGACUUGAGCAAAGGUCAGUGUUUGGGAUUCACUGUGUCCCUGAUUGACCUUGCAGUUUGUAGCCAUCCCAACGCUGCAGCAUAAAUUACAUUACUACGUACAGUGUCUGUCUUGUCCACCCACAAACAAAACGGUCUCAGGAGAAAUACAAACAUGCACUAUAUAAAGGGCUAACAGAAAUUAGAAAAACUUGUUACUUCUGUAGAAUUUAGCCACAAACUAGUCCUUUUUGUAAUUCCCAAGAAGAGGGAUUUCUCUGUGUUUUGAAUGGAAAUAAUUGAUAGGGUGCUGUAGGCAAAAAAUGAAGGCAGGCAUUUGCUGAAGUAUCCUACUUUUUGUGCAAAGAAAACUGAAAAGGAAAUAAUGACAUAAAAUCAUACACCUACACUAUUAAUUAUAAUUAACCCUCUCUAAGAGCUUUCUACCUUCCAUUGAAGUCAGUCACAGUUUCUCAUAUGGAGGGGCAGUAAGCAUGAGCCCAAACGGUUACUUGGUAAGGCAUGGUAGUUGUCUAUAAUUUUAGUGAAGAAGAUUUGAGUUAAACCAUGUCAAUUUACAGAACCUGCAGGUCUGGCUCAUUGCUGGUUGUUGGUGUUUAACAUACAUCUAGCUGGUUUAUGCUUAGAAGGUUUUUUUCAAAGUUCCCCUUGCAGAAAAUUUAGCCAUGAAGCAUUUCUUUGCUUUCUAUAUGCAAGAGUGACUGUAUUUUAAUCUUUAUUACUUUGUGGAAUUUAUAAAGGAACUGAAUGUAAGCAGCUCUGACAUCUCUGAUAUACUGUCCUUGAGAAGUCAAUGGAGAUUGCAGAUAUCAGUAGUAGGCAGGCCACAGGACCAAUCCAGACCACCCAGUGCUUUUGAGAAACUGUAAAAUCUAUUUACUUUUAUCAGCAUUAUUAUUGCAGUGUGAAAAAUAUUCCUUUGGAGUCUGGACCUUGACUAUACCUUGCUCAAGAAAUUUGGACCUUGAUAAUAAAUCAUUGAUUCCCCCUUGUGUAUAUGGUGUUGAUUUAAUAGAGUGUGUACCCUUUCAAUAGGCUAUCUGUUUAACAUCUUGCAUGUCAGUAAAUGCCUUGUUCAGUCAAUUCAUAUUGCUUUAAUUUCAUGUCUUUUCAUGCAUGAUGCUGACUCCCAGAAUACUAUGAUGUGCAAGUAGAAAUCCAACUGCUGGGCUAACAGAAAAGCGUGCUUCCU